AUGGCAGGCAAGGUGGAGGCGUUUACUUUUGACCAUGUUUUCGACUGCCCCUCUGAGCAAGAGACAUUUUACAACUAUGUCCACCAUCUCAUCGAUAGAUGUUUUGAAGGAUACAAUGCCGCCGUGCUUACUUAUGGCCAAACUGGACACGAGAAAACUUACAUGACGAGCACGGGCUGUGAUCUGCGCGUUCAUUCUCACGAGCAGGGAAUUAUACCGCAAUCUGUGCGUCACCUCUUCGAUGGCAUAGCGGCUCGCCAGCAAAAGGCCCGAGACCAAGGGAAACCACACCCCGAGUUCGAGAUCAAUGUACAGUUUAUGGAACUUUGUAAUGAAGAGAUCUUCGACCUAUUGAGCCCUGGCAAGCACUCUCAUGAACCAGGAAGGAAAUCUGUGAAAGUUCACGAAGACUCUAAGGAAGCGAUCUACAGUAUAGGGGUUACAGCAAAAACUGUACAGAAUGCACAACAGGUGAUGAAGUUCUUUGACUCAGGGACUCUCUCGCGGAAGACUGCCAGCACCCAGAUGAAUGUGCUGCCAUCCAGUUCCCAUACCGUCUUUACAUUAAACAUGCAGCAGCAACGGGUGGUCAAGCUAUACUUGAAACAUGGUCUUUCAAAGGAGCAGGAAGAGGACUACCCCCUUUCUAAGGUCAACAAGGAAAGUUCAUCAAUGAAUGUACUUGAAACACUGAACGCCAAAUUCCAUUUCGUCGAUCUGGCUGCCUCAGAACAGCUUAAGUGCGCCAGUGCCUAUCAGAACCAGCCUAAGCAAAACAUCUUCAUAAACUGUGGGCUCCUUGAUCUCGCAAACUUCAUAUCCGCCUUAGGUGUUGCGUCAAAGGGGCUGCACGUCCCAUACAGUGACUCCAAGUUCACCAAGAUACUACAGGAGUACUUAGGAGGCAACAGCCGUACCCUAAUGAUCACCUGCAUUUUUCCUUGUGAUCUAGACUUCCUGGAAAGGCUGAACAGCCUGAUAUAUGUGAAUCAGGUGAAGAACAUCAAGAAUCAGAUCAUGGUGAACGAAGAGAAAUCGAAUGAUACCAUCGCAGCCCUCCGAAGGGAGAUCCAGGAGCUGAAAAGGGAGCUGAAAGAGUGCAAGCAGGGCAGACCCUCUGUCGGGAAGAACGCCACGCUCCAGUCGGAGAACAAACUCUUGCGCACUCGUAUGAAGGUCCUCCAAGAAACCGUAGAUAUCCUCACAGUCAAGAACACGGAGCUCCUGGCUGAACAAGCAACUGAGGAGUGGUUUGGCGGUGGUGACUCUGACACCGGCGAAGGAGUCAAGAACCUCAUCCAGGGAUACCUGAAGGAGUUUGAAGAGUUAAGAACCAAGCUCAUAGAAUCUGCGGAGGUGGGUGUCCAGCUUCGAAGGCAGCUCCAGAGGUACCAGGCACGCACCUGCAUGGGUCCUAAUUCGACAGUGACAGUGACUGGAAUGUACAACAUGAGCUGCAGUGCCGAGGACACUAGUGUAGAAAACAUACAUGCCGAGGCAAAGCAUGACGUUGAGAACCUGAAGCGUCAGACUAAACACUUGUCAUCCAAAGGGAACAAAGAGGAUGAGCGCAGUGACAAAAUAUCAGACGUAGACGAAGACACCACUCUGAACAGUGAGAACGAAAGCUCAGACUCCGAAGCUGAGGAACUGGAGGAAGACAAAACUAUUGACAAGGACCUGGCCACACUCACUAUCGAAAUCUCCUUGAAGCAGAAGAUGAUAGGUGAACUCGAGAAGUGUCAGCGCAGGCUACAAUCUAUGCGCAUGUGGUAUGAAAGCAAACUGAUGCAGCUGCAGCAGAAGAUACGAGAGACAGAGAUGGAAAAUGAUCGAACUAUCUCAAACAUGAGCUCUGCUGGUGCAUCCAAGGAUACAGGCAAAAAAGAGCAAAAGAUCAAGACAGACAUUGAGUGUAAGUUGAACGACCUUCAAGGCCAGCUCAAGAAGAUGCAGUCGGCCGAACAUGAGCAUGCCAAGCUUAUGAAAAACCAGAGCGAGUAUGAGCUACAGGUCCGCAAGCUCAAAGAAGAAGUGGCGAAAAUGGAAAAAAACAAGGUAGCGUUGGCGAGAAAGAUGAAAAGGGAAAGCAGACGAAAUCGUGAGGCUGAAAAACAGGGAAACCAGCAGACAGCGCAGAUGCUCAAGGAGAGCCGUCAGCAGGGGAACCGCACCAGUUCCCUUGGGGUCCCGAACCACAACAAGGAAACGGUCCUGAAGCGGUUCCCUGAGGAUAUGGCCGCCCUGCGCAAACAGGCACCAUCCUUGUCCGAGCGCAUUGUUGGGCCUGUUCCCCAACAGAAUCCAGCUGUAUCAAAUGGCCAGUUCUGUCCAAAAGUGGCCAACCAUAACUGGCAAAAUCUUGAAAAAAACAUCGAAAAACUGGUCUUGACCAAGCAAAGUGUCUACACCUUGCAGAAAGUGAAGCGAUCAUUGUUGGAACGGGAGAGACUCACGCGCUACCUGGAAAGAUUGAUGCGGGAGGAAGAAAGUCUGCUUCAAGCUGGGAAGGACAUCCGGGACUUGGACGACGAGAUAGAUAGCGUGAGGGCGAAUCUAGACUACCUGAACGACAACAUUCGGGAAUGCCAGGCUCUCAUCCUCCAAGUGGAGGACACCAAAGACGACACAGACUGCCUGGAACUGCGUGCUGUUUUGGAAGGCAUAGUGGAACCACAGGGCCGGUACCUGCUCGACAAGCUGCUGCACAUGGCGAUAAACCAGAGUCAUCAGGCAGCACAGAGCAAAAGUCAGGUCCAGGAGCUGGAAGCCAGACUGGAACAGGUAGAGGCUAGCAACGCAAUGAACCAGAACCUGCUGCAGCACACCAUGGACAAGAUGCAACUAGAACCCUUGGCACCACCUAGCUGGUCGGAGGGGCCAGAAGGCGCGCCCAGCUAA